AUGUGUGUCAGCUGCUGCUCCACAGGCCCCCAGCUCAGUGGCCUCAGGGGCCACCAUCACCUCACCCCAACACACCCUCCUCACCCCAUCACCCCACCCUCACCCCAACACACCAUCCUCACCCCAACACACCCUCCUCACCCCAUCACCCCACCCUCACCCCAACACACCCUCUUCACCCCAUCACCCCACCCUCACCCCAACACUCCCUCCUCACCCCACCCUCACCCCAACACACCAUCCUCACCCCAACACCCUCACCCCAACACACCAUCCUCACCCCAUCACCCUCACCCCAACACACCAUCCUCACCCCACCCUCACCCCAACACACCAUCCUCACCCCAUCACCCUCACCCCAACCCACCAUCCUCACCCCAACACCCCACCCUCACAUCAACACACCAUCCUCACCCUAAUACCCACACUAUAGGACACUUAUAG